CAAGCCAGCGCUGCGUGCCACUCCACUGUUUGCUUAAUAAACUCAGUCAGGGACACAAACUGUACUGCUGAGCUCCUUUUUCCCUCCCUGGAAGCUGAGAUUAAAAUACAAAGAGCUCAAUUAAUCCACGAGCCCCUGCAGCAGCACGGCCCUGUGCCCAUGGCAGCCGACUAGCUAUUUCCUGUUCCACCCUCCUGGCUUCACAGUGAACAGACCUCACUGUGGUGCGUUUGUGGGCAGACGAGGACAGAUCAGCUCCCUCUGGUCAGUAGUGCGGUUCACAUCUGCACAUAAGGACACAAAAGCAGACUAUCUUCAAUAAAUGGUGAUUUCUAUAAAGUUUCACUUAUCUCUUAGGGGAAAAGAAACGCCUCCUUCUCAACAUGUGUCUGGACCGUUUCUGGCUGGUCCCUCCUUCCCUCUAAAGGAUGAGAGGGAGUGGAUCUUGGCUGAGGGCAGCUCCUUCUCCGGCUUCCAGUAGCAACAUCAGCUCUUCUGUCACGCACACUGAGCGUCUGACUACACCUCACUGCUUUUCCUUUUUCAGGGAUGGGAUCUUAUUUAUGUGUUGGCUGAUGAGCAUGGAGCAGAUUUGGAGCUAAAUUCUUGAUUCUUCAGAGGAAAGUUUGUGGUUAUCAAGCAUUUCAGCUCUCAUCCAGGACCAAGGAUCUGCACUGAGUGGAUGGUGCAGUUUAACUGUGAAGAGAGUCCUGGAGAUGGUAAAUAUCUGAACCCACAGUGAACCAGGAUGGAGCCUGUUAAGAGAGACAUGGAGCUGCUCAGUAACAGCAUGGCAACCUACGCUCACAUCAAAGCCAACCCAGAGAGCUUCGCCCUCUACUUCAUGAUGGGGGUCUGUUUCGGCCUGCUCAUGGCCCUGUGCCUGAUGGUGGCGAGCCUCACCUGCAGGACUCGCCGCCACAGGAGGCCUCCUGCGUCUCCUGAGAGGAGGCAGCUGAAGGAGUCCAGCGAGGAAGAGGAUGAAGAAGAGGAGGAGGAUGAGGAGAGCAUUGCAGGGGAAGAUGGGGAGGAGGCGGAGAUCCCCAAAGUGACAGUGGGGCCGAUGAGCGAGCGCAGCAGCCAGUCCAACGGCACACUGAGGAGUGUUAAUGUGUUUGCGUCUGCUGAGGAGCUGGAGAAGGCGCGGCGUCUGGAGGAGAGGGAACGUAUCGUCAGGGAGAUAUGGAGGAACGGGCAGCCGGACAUCUUGGUCACAGGGACGGGGACUAUUGGUCGGGUGCAUUACCACUAACAGACACUUUGAGUGAGACUGCAAAGAGCCAAACAUACACAGUUGGACAUUGGACAGAAAAAUGCUUCAUCUUGAUUUGUAUGGAAAUCCAAAAUGUUCAAUAUUAAAGGAACACUCCGCUGAUUUUACACAUGAAGAUCAGUUUACUCACCAUGAGGAAUUAUUACUCAACCUGUGAAAACAGUUUUAUAUCUCUGUAGAGAAAUUAAGGAAGUAUGAAAAACUGAAAACUGGGGGCGUUUGGGUUUUUAAAGAUGUGGACGUUUACCAGUCAGGAAGUGUCUAAUGAAGGAAGAUAUUAAGGUGCAUUAUGGGAAUUGUAAGAUUCAGUGUUCCUGGAGCUUGAGCCAUGAAGAGAACUGAAAAGUCAAGAUAUGUACAAUCUUGACCAUAUUUUUUAUUAGCCUGUCUCCAAAUGUUAUAAAAAUGAAAUAUUAAAUGCUGGAGUAAACCUUUAAAAUAAAUAAAUAAGACUUUACAUAUAUAAGAUGGAUAAAUACAGACAAAAUAUGGAAUAUAUAUUAAUAACAUUUUUAAUCAUUCAAUACAUUUUUAAAGCUUGGUAAAUUAAACAUAACUUCAUCAUGCUUCUUUGCACAACCGGCUCCUUGAUUGAUGAAGUGUUUGUGUUUAAAAAAAAAGGCAUUAUGAAAUAAAAUUUGAAUUAUAAAAAAGAUAAUUGCCUAUUUUCACAUUGUUACAUUACACAUUUUGUCUGUAUUUUUGAACAUGACUAUUUCAUAAUGUCUUAUUUGUUACUUAAUAUUGAACACACAUAUAUUUCUUGUAACUUAUGAAGGAUGUUGUAUGCAUAUUUGGCCUAAUCUGUAUUCUACUCCAUGUUUGUA